GACAGCUCUAGGGACUUGGCGACGUGACUACCUGUAACGACAAUAACACAGCGCUCCGGCCACGGGAAGGUCAUAAAUCUUUAUUAAAUGUCAAAAGCAGAGCUAGGCAUCUGGAAGAAAUAAUAAUUUUAUAAUUAACAGGCUUUGCUCUGUUUAAACAGAGCUGCUGUAAACAUGGACAAGAUGACGUUAAUAUCUCAUAACAAUGAGAGUGUUCAUGAAAUUAAAAGAUCUGAACAUCGUAAACUUCAAAAGGAGGAGCAAUCUGAUUUUAAUUUAAUUGCUGAGCUGCGGUCAAAACUUAAUCAGGCUAAAAAUCUAAACAUUGAACUGAUGUCAAACCAUAAUCAAGAGCUUUCUGUUCGUGAAAGUAUGCUCGUCCGACUUCGUUCUGAAUUUGAGAGAGGGGAAGCUGUUCGUCAAAGCUUAGAAUAUGAAUUGGCAGUGGCAAAAAAACAGUACAGAGAGGAGAGAAUGGCACUUGAACAGGAGAAAGCGCAAUCCAGUCGAAUACAGGAACAGUUUAAAUUGCAGGCUGAGGAAUUUCACAUAAAGUUGCACGCCAUGGAGCAGAAUCUUCAAACUGCACAGUAUCGUUGGCAAGAUGCGCAGAAACGACUAGAAAAUGACCUUCAAAACCAGAACAAUAUUAUUGCCAGUUAUAAAGAAAAGGUGGAAAAUCUCUUGUCUGAAAAGCAAGGGCUGGAAGGUGUUCUUCAGGUUCAGAGGAAGACGAUACAGGAGUUACAAGAAAUAAAUAAAACUUUAUUAAAAGAGCAGAAUAUCCACAUGGAUACAUUAAGACAACAAAAAAGUGAACUUGGAUACAGUUGUGAGAGAGAGGAGAGAUUAAACCUGGAACUUGCUGAAUCAACCAAGAGAAUAAAGCAGUUGGAGGGAAGCAUUGAGGCAGAGAGAGCAGCGCAUCUGGAAUCUAAAUUCAGCUCGGAAGUAAUCCAGUUACGAAUUCGGGAUCUCGAGGGGUCACUUCAAGUGGAAAAGGCAGUCCAACUACAGACUGCCUCUGAUGCCGAUAUGUUGAAGAGACAGUUUGUAGAAGUAGAAUCUGCUUACCAAAGAGAGAAGAACAGAGCUGAGGAAACUAUGGAGAACUUUCAGAAGCUGCAGGAAGAGUUUUCCAUUGCAGUGAAAAACCUGGAGGCAGAAAUAGAGGAAAAAAACAGAUCUAUUUCUGAGCUGGCAGCAAAACUCAAGGACAGUGAACAGAGAUUUGUCACAAUGGAAGAAGACCUUGCAUUGAGUAAGAAACAUCAGUUCUCUGUAGAAGAAUCUUAUCAAGGCAUCGCUAGAGAUCUUCAGUCACUUGUGGACAGCUUUAACGUGUCAAGCCAAAGCAGAUCAGGGAGCUUCAAAGACCAUGUUAAACUUACUGGCUCUGCUGCUGUCCUUGAGACUCUGAGACGUACUUUGACGGAUUACCGGAGCCGCCUAGAAGACACAUCUAAUGAGCAUGAAGCCACAAAGCGUGUUUGUGAGAAGAUGAGUGCAGAAUUGGAGUCUUACAAAGUGAUAAUACAGUCGUUGCACACCAAUCUUGAGAAAGCCGAAUCUGAUGUGGCGAAUGCCGAAAAAGAGCUACAUUGUUUGCGUUCUAAAUGUUCCAAUGCAGAGUCUCAAAUAGUAAAUUAUCAGAAAGAUCUGGAGAAGGUGUGUCAUGCCUGGGAGGCAGAGAAGAAUGCAGUUAUGGAAAUGGGAUCUGAAAUUCAUAAGCAAGCCCAUGUCUACCAGAAGGAUGCAGAGGAGAAGCUAACAUUCCUCCACAGCUUAUACCAACGUUUAGUAGCAGGUUGUGUGAUUAUAAAACAUCCAGAGAACAUGUUCAGUAAUUUCUCAUGGUCGGAGCUUUGCACAGUAUUGCAAGAAAAUGUUGAUACCCUGAUCUCAGACCUUAACCAAGCAAAUGAAAAGGCUGUCCAACUAGAAUAUUCUUGCAAGAACAAGGAUGAUAUUUUGCAAAGCCUGAAGAAAAACCAUAAAAACACUCUCCAAAAACUGUCUGAACAGAUAAAAGCACGGGAAAGUGAUUGGCAAAAGCAGAGAAAAGAUAUGGAACUGAAAUACUCUACUCUCCUUCAGGAGGCUAAAGCCAAAGUACAGAAAUUUCAACGUGUGGCACAAAAAUCAGAAUCCAAAAUUGCUGUUUUUGAAAAAACAAAGAAUCAGAUGGCUUUUGAAAAUGUGAACAUUAAAAAUGUACUGAUAAACAGUCAGAAGAACCACAAAUCACUUCUUGCGGCCUGCACACUUAUUGCAGGUGCAUUGUAUCCUUUGUACAGUAGGACAUGUUUUUUGGCUGCUCAGAGAGAUUAUCUUCAAACUCAAGUAAACUCCUUCAUUGAUGUUCAAAAGGAAAUAGGAAGCCUUGUACAGGCUUUGUCAGACACUGAAGAAAAGAAACCGAAUGAUGCUAAAGUGAAGUUAGAACAUCUUAGAAGCAUGAAAUAUAUAUUUCGGAAAGGGGUGAUUGCAGUGUUGGCAGCGAACAGAUUUCGACAACUUGGCAAAAAUAGUAGAUCAUUAUUUACUUGGAUGGAUAGUUUCACAAAGAGCGCUGGACUGCUUGUGUGCGUUGGAGGAGCUCAGAAAAAAUACACAUUGGGACAGAAAGAUGAGGAAGCUUGGACAUGGUUUACUAGCACAGACCUGCUUAACGCUGUAGUGUAUUCAAUGUCGGAGUUGCUUGAAGUUUUAGAUAAGCCAGAAUCAAAUUCUCAGGAUCAUCUAAUAAAAUGUGCCAGGAAUUCCUUCUCCAAGUUGAUGAGGAAGCUGAGUGUUGAGAUGGGGUAUAGCACAGUCGGCUGGGACAGAAGUGGGACUCACACAGACUCUGCUUCUUUGAUCCAAAGACUGGCCCGUGGACUUUGCAGACUUGACUCUCAAACAACAAAUGCUGAACUGAACAACACACGUUCCGUUAUGAAAGGCUUGGGUGUUUUGAAGAAGAAAAUAUCAGAGUUUACAAAAAGGCUAUAUACUGGAGAGGUGGAGCGGCGAUCCUUGCGUUUAGAGCUAUCAGAGUUUAGGGAAAAUCUUAAUGCAGUUCGCAAAAAUUCUGAAGCCUUGGAAUGUCUUAAAGAACAAAACAGACAGUUCAGAAAUGCUAAAAUGGUUCCUUCCAACAAGUUUGACAUGGCUUGUGAAGAGCUACAUCAAGCAUUGUUCAGAGAGAAGCAAGCCCAAAUUCUCCUUAACGAACAAUCCCAACAGUUACAGGAGCUAAACAACACAAUCCAAUUACUUUCAGUCCAAGAAGCUGAAAAGAAUCAAACCUUAUCAGAGGCUGUCAAGAGUCUCUCUGAGGCUAAGAUGGAGCUGAGAAAUAAAGAUCAAUCUUUGCGCCAGGUGAACAGACAACUCGCCCAGCUGGAGAAGGACAAACGCUGGCUGGAAGAAAGUAUCCACAAUGCAGAGAUUGCUCUGUGCACCGCAGCAAAGGAUAAAGAACUAAUCGGCAAUCACAUGAAAUCUGUUGAAGCUGUAUUUGAGAAGGUCAGGGAUCAGAUGUCAAAGAUUUGGUCAACGACAACAAAACAUGAUUCCACCUUACAACUUCCUUUACUGCACCCUGAGAUAUUUGCAAUGGAAGGAUCUCCUGGAGGAGCCCAGGUUCAGUUAUUUGAGAACACUAUUCGAGUUUUCUUGGAUAUCUAUAAGUUUGUAUACACCAAAGCUACCGCACUGGAGGAGGAAAUAACAUUUCACAAAAAUCACAUUGCUGCCUUGAAAUCUGAACUCCAAGAUGCCUGCCUGCGCGACAAUGAAUCCUUGAGUCUCGCAAAGUAUGAUGUGAAUAACGAUCAGAGUUUGAGCACAGAAAUUUUCUCCGAAAGCAUUUCAACUGGAUUUUACCCCAUGCAAGCUGAGCAAGACUUGUCACAUAGCCAAAGAAAGAGAAGUUUUAGCAACCACACAUUUGACCGCCUAUUCAAUGAGGCCUCAUCUGUGCCCAAUAUUUGUUCCUCAACCAUGCAAGAAUUACCAAACCCGUCUUAAGCAUCGUUUAUAAACACA